AUGUCCGACGCUGCGGAGAUGGGUGCGCACGCGGCAGCGGAGGAGAUGGGCUGCGGCCAGAGUGACUUCAGCGUGCUGCGCAGGCGAGCACGCGACGCGACGGUGGAGGACGUCUUGGGCAGCGACGGGUAUAUCUUCUGCGGACCAGAGAACCUUGCGUCGGCAAGCGGCGAGAUGCUCGAGUUUUUUCACCGCAGCUACUACGAUUGCUUUGACGAGUCGGAGGCCUCACGGCUCGCCGGCCGCCCCUACGGCCUUGCCAUUGCGGCCGGCUCGGACGGGAGCAAUGCGGCGAGGCAGCUCGAAAGGAUCUGCCGUGGGUGGCGGCUGCGCGCCGUCACAGACACAAUCGUCCAUCGCAAUGGCGAGCCGCAGACCGCCAGCGCGAUCCUGCGCGCCAAAACUUGCUCCGAGGAUGCGCGCGAGCGGUGCGCCGAGCUGGGUGGACUAGUCGCCGCGACUGUUUUGCUGUGA